AUGGACACAGCGGCUUUUGGAGAGCAGCACAUUGCGAGAGGCAUUGGCCGUCUCACUAAGCACGUUUUCGAAGAUGGAAAAGGCACAUACAUCACUACAGACAAGGGUGUCAAGCUCCUCGAUAUGACAGCCGGCAUUGGCGUUGUAAACCUCGGUCAUUGUCAUCCCAAAGUCAGCGCGGCUGCAGCUGCACAGUGCAACAAAAUCACCCACGCACAAGUCAACAUUGGAUUCAGCGCUGCACAAAUUGCACUCAUCAAGGAGCUGAUUCCAAUCCUUCCGCAUCAGUCUCUCGAUACCGUCUUUCUCUGGAACUCUGGAGCUGAGGCAGUUGAAGCAGCUGUCAAGCUGGCCCGCGCUGCAACCAAGAAGCCUAACAUCAUUGUCAUGCAAGGAUCGUACCAUGGCCGAACAAACGCUACUGCCUCAAUGACACGCUCCAAAACCAUCUACGGCGAGGGUCAUGGACCAUUGAUGGGCGGCGUGUUUGCCUCAGCAUUCCCAUACUACAGCCAGUUUGGCCUCUCUGCAGAUACACCAAAAGAAGAACUCGUUAAGCAAGCACUGCUACAAAUGAGGCUCACCCUACAGCAGCAAACUUCGCCCUCGGACACUGCUGCUAUCAUCCUAGAGCCUGUGCUGGGAGAGGGCGGUUACGUUCCUGCGCCCCCAGAAUUCAUGCACGGCCUAAGGCAGAUUUGCGACGAACACGGCAUCCUCCUCAUUGCCGAUGAAGUUCAGUCUGGUAUGGGCCGCACAGGAAACAUGUGGUUCGUACAAGAUUCUGGAGUCCGACCAGACAUCCUCAUCUUCGCCAAGGGUAUCGCCAACGGUUUCCCAUUGUCCGGAAUUGCAAGCAGUAAGAAGCUGAUGGAUCUUCAAAAGCCUGGAUCAAUGGGUGGAACAUAUGCUGGUAACGCCGUCGCAUGUGCUGCGGCAACAGCAACCAUCAAAGUGUUCCAAGAGGAGAAGAUCAUGGACAACGUUGCCGCGCGUUCGAAACAGAUAUUCUCCUUCCUCCAUGACUUGAAGGCAUCUGGAACAAAGGCAGGAAAAUUAAUUGAGGACAUCCGCGGCUCGGGUCUCAUGGUUGGUGUACAGUUUGCGAACCCAGCUCUCCAAUCCGAGUCUUCGAAUACUGCAUCAACACACGCGCAAAGUCAGCCACAGAUAGCACCAAAGGUCGUUCAGGAGUGUGUGAAGCGUAAUAUGCUUCUUCUCAGCACUUCGGUAUUCGAUGUGCUGAGGUUCAUCCCGCCUCUCACUAUCACUGAGGCAGAAUUGACGGACGCAUGUAACAUUUUCAAGGAGUCUUUGGAAGCCGUUAUCAAGGACUUGUAA